UGUGAUGAGCUGGCACAGGGCCUGCAGGUGCAGGUGGAAAUCUGGGACAAAUGAGACGCAGGCGAGUCAGGACAGCCCGUCUCUGCAGGCACCCAGGGGGAGUGGUGGAUGCUGUGCUGGCUCGGUUGGACCCCGAGGUAGGUGCAUUUUGGGUGGAAAGUUUCUGAGCCUUCAGAGAUGGAGGGAGGUUGCUGGAGGAUGCCCCUGAUGGUGCUGAUGGUCCUGACUCUGGCGGUGACCCUGGGCCACUUUCAGCACUGGGGUGGCUUCCAGGAGAAGCCAAUGAGCAAGAAGAACAUGAACUCCACACUUAACUUCUUCAUUCAGUCAUACAACAACAACAGCAACGACACCUACCUGUUUCGGGUGCAGAAACUCCUCCGGAGUCAGAUGCAGCUGACCACCGGAGUAGAGUACAAGGUCACGGUGAAGAUCGGCCGCACCAAGUGCAAGAGGAGUUCCAGAACAAACUCUUCCUGUCCCCUGCAGAAAAAGAAGUUGAAAAAGAGUUUGAUUUGUGAGUCUCUGAUCUACACGGUGCCCUGGAUUAAUUAUUACCGGAUGUGGAACAAUUCCUGCCAUGACAACUGA